ACCUUCCUUGAUGGAACGGGACAAAGGUUUUGUUCUUCUCCCAACACUGCAGCCUUGUGCGGCCGCGGCGGGCAGCGGCGACAGGCGGCAGCCAGCGCGGCCCCCACGCUCCCACGCCACGGCGCAGAGGGGGAGUUUCUCCUCCUUUGUCUGCUCUAGGCGAGAGCAGGCAGCCGGUGCGCGGCACCGCCGGAGCAGCCGGGGAAGGCCUCGGCAAAAGCCGCGGAGGACGGCGGCCGAGGUCCCCUCCGCGCCCCGGCGCAGCCGCCACCAGCUCGGCCUCACCGCGCUGGGAACGAACCUGCCCGCCACGGGCAGCGAUCCCGGGGGAGCCAAGCUCUUCAUGACGGAAACCUGACCGGGAAGCGUCCGGAGCGGGGACGGCGGCUGUGCCUGGGGACGGGGAGGACGGCAGCAUUGGGGACGAGGACACCCGCGCCCCGUCCCCCCCCGCGGCGCCCGCUGCCGGCCAUGGGAAACGGCAUGAGCCAGAUCCUCCCUGGCCUCUACCUUGGGAACUUCAUCGAUGCCAAAGACCUGGAGCAGCUAAGUCGGAACAAGAUCACCCACAUCGUUUCAAUCCAUGAAUCUCCCCAGCCCUUGCUGCAGGACAUUACCUACCUCCGCAUCCCCCUGCCCGACACCCCCGAGGCCAACAUCAAGAGGCACUUCAAGGAAUGCAUCAGUUUUAUCCACCAGUGUCGCCUGCACGGAGGGAACUGCCUCGUCCACUGCCUCGCCGGCAUCUCCCGCAGUACCACCGUGGUUGUCGCCUACGUCAUGGCUGUCACGGAGCUGAGCUGCCAGGAGGUGCUGGAGGCCGUCCGAACCGUCCGGCCCGUCGCCAACCCCAACCCCGGCUUCAGGCAGCAGCUGGCUGAGUUCGGCGGCGGUGCAGCCCGCAAGGUCCGCAGGCACCUGAAGCAGAGGUACGGGACAUCACCUUUCAACGACGAGGAGGAAAUAAAGGCCUUGCUGCCGGCAGGGAGAGGAGGACCGUCCAGGACAGAGGGACCUCGGCAAGGACUGGUCCCAAGAGCCAGAGACAUCAGGACCACGACUCCCUUCCUGCUGCGGGUGAAGAGGACGUUCUCCUGCAUCCCAGCUUGUCUGAAAGCUUCGGGGCUGUGGUUCCUCGCUGCUGCCAGCACCUGCCUGCCGCCGGAGCCGCGCUUUCGCUUUCACCGCCCCGGCACGUUCCCUCGGGGCGGCCGGGCCGGGCGAGGGGCCGCGAUGGCGGAGCCGGGGGCACCCAUGCGGCUGAAGGAGUGGCUCAUCGCCCAGAUCGACAGCGGCCGGUACCCGGGGCUGCGCUGGGAGAACCGGCACCGGACGCUCUUCCGCAUCCCCUGGAAACACGCGGCCAAGCAGGACUACAGGCAGCAGCAGGACGCCGCGCUCUUCAAGGCUUGGGCCGUCUACAAGGGGAAGUACCACGAGGGGACGGACAAGGCCGACCCCUCCACCUGGAAGACGCGUCUCCGCUGCGCCCUCAACAAGAGCACCGACUUCCAGGAGGUGCCCGAGCGAAGCCAGCUGGACAUCUCCGAGCCCUACAAGGUGUACCAGAUCGUGUCCGACGGCACCCGGGAUGCAGAGAAGGAUGGUGACACGCGGUCCCCAGCCGGCGAGGGUCAGCAGGGCACCGCUGCGGAGAGUCCGGAGCAUGAAAACCAGAAGGGCAUGAUGGAGACAUGCCACGUGUCUCCGCUGCCCCUGCUCUCUGCCCACCCAGCCGAGCGAGGGUACCACGUGAGGGGAGUCUUCUACGGCUGGAACCCGAUCCACGGCCACCUCCUCCCCGGACCCCCGUCCUACCUCCCCGUGGAGGACAUCAACCACUCAGACUGCUGGCUCCACAUCCGCCUCUACUACUGCGACGUGCUGGUGAAGGAAGUCACCACCCGCACGGCCGAGGGCUGCCGCAUCACCUCCCGCGCCGUGCCGGCCGACAGCGAGCGCCUUUACGGCCCCUCCUGCAUGGAGCAGAUCGAGUUCCCUCCGCCGCGGGCGCUCGGUGGCAGCGGCUGGGUGGCCGGCAUGACCGAUGUGCUGGAACGGCUCCUGCCCCACCUGGAGCGCGGCGUGCUGCUGUGGGUAGCGCCCGAGGGGGUCUUCAUGAAGCGCCAGUGCCAGGGCAGGGUGUACUGGAACGGGCCACUGGCCCCGCACAGGGACUGGCCCAACAAGCUGGAGAGGGAGAAGACCUACAAGCUGCUGGACACGCAGCAGUUCCUGCAGCAGCUGCGGGGGUACCUGAGCCAAGGGCAGCCCACGCCACAGUACCAGAUCCACCUGUGCUUCGGGGAGGAGUACCCCACCAGCACCGGGCACCACUUCCAGAAGCUCAUCAUGGCCCACGUGGAGCCGGUGUUCGCGCGGGAACUCUUCCAUCACGCCCAGCGCAUGGGGCCGAUGCUGCUCCACGACUCCCCCCAGCCCUGCACCCCCGGCGCUUCCAGCCACAUUAUCCGCAUCCUCAAACAGCUCUGCCAGCCCUGAGCCCGGACAGGCAGGAGGAGAGACCAGUCGCAAGGAAGCCUCGGAGCGGGAUGCUCUGCCGCCCCACGGCCCCGCUCCGGCCACGUUCCCCGAGCCGGUGUGCACGGGGCAGUCGGCGCUGCGGGGCCGGACACGGGCGGGCGCUGGCCGGGGCGGGCGGACGGCCGCCGUCCCUGCGCAGAUCACUGGAUUUAUUCCCCGGGAGCCACCCAGGUGGGAUUUUUUGUGUGCUUGUUUGGUAAGCCGGGGCAGAGCCAGCUCCGUCCUCGUGCCUUGCACUGCCGGGACUCGCCGUUCGCGAACCUUAGAAAUAAAGGUUGUGUUUCGGUA